GGCAAAGGCUGCAAAACUUUCAUGCUGCGUCGUUGUAGUGCCUUGAUUCCAUUUUAAAUGCCAUCGCAACCUCCGUAUGCUCCAAAGUAGUGGGAUCCAAAGAUACAGCCAUGUUAGUCUGUAGGAUCAGUGUGUAGAGAGAUUUUGUAGCACCUUUGAGAUUCACUGAAAGAAAGAAGUUGGCAGCAUGAGUGUCUACUUGUGGCCUGAUGUUUAAAAACCGGAAAGAAAUAGAGAAAAAAAUCAACACUGAGAUAUGGAUAAGCCACAAGGUGGCAGAUCAGAACAACAUUUUGAUUCACGGAUUUGGCUUGGUGUCUGACAAUGGUAUUAGAAGUGGAGGCGCUGGAUGUGAAUUCCCUUAUCAGCCAAGCUCACAUUGCAAUUUCUGAUCUGCCAAGGUUGAAAUGUCAGCCAGCGGCACAUGUCUUAGCAGCCGAUCCCCAUGUUCCCUCUUUCUCUCUCUGUUGCAAUUCCAGAUAUGUGGUCCUGCAGAGGUUUCCUCCGCCGCUGUCUCCACAAUCCCAGAUCCGUCAAAUGCUGAUUGUCGCUGGGGAAUAUUCUCUAUCCACUUUCGAAGGCACCGAACAGGUUUUCCGACCGACUCGCAUGGUAGUCCACCCCGACUACAGCCCCACGUCCAAGAAUGCAGAUAUCAUGCUGAUUAAGCUGAACAGGCCUGUGGCGUACAGUCCAUACGUUGCCAUCGUCCCUCUUCCCCAGCAAGGAAUGAUGCUCCGGGAAGGCCACUUCUGCCAAGUCUCCGGCUGGGGCUUCACUUCUCCCAUCGGAGGAAGGACCUCCGACACUUUGCGCAGCGUGUACCUCCCUAUCAUCCCGACACGCAAGUGCAAUGCCUCCUCUUCGUAUGCUGGAUACAUCACCAAGGACAUGAUCUGUGCUGGGUUCAGCACCGGAGGAAAAGAUGCAUGCCAGGGUGACUCUGGUGGGCCACUGGUCUGCGAAGGACGUGUUUUUGGGAUUGUCUCCUGGGGUCACAGCUGUGCCAGUCCCAGAUACCCAGGGGUCUACACCGCUGUUGCAAACUUCCAGAAGUGGAUCUACAAGGCCAUCUUUGAGAAAUAAGGGUCCCUCUGGCUCUCUUGAUUCAUGCAUCUAAUGAUCAAAUAAACGUUUCCCCAGAAAGUGGGAGCAGCAGUAAUAUCAUGAUGUGAGCAAUGGAUAGAUAGAUAGAUAGAUAGAUAGAUAGAUAGAUAGAUAG